CCCUAAUUUCAACAUCUUUCAAUUCACAAACCCAAUCUUCAAUUCUUCGAUUUCUUCUCUCAAUCUUUCAAAUCUCUCCCCUAAAAAAAAAAAAAGAAAAAUGCCGAACCCUAAAGUUUUCUUCGACAUGAGUCUAGGCGGUGCAUCCGCCGGUCGUAUCGUGAUGGAGCUUUUCGCUGACACUACCCCAGACACGGCGGAGAAUUUCAGAGCUCUCUGCACCGGCGAGAAAGGAGUCGGGAAGAUGGGCAAGCCACUUCACUACAAAGGUUCAAGCUUUCACCGUGUGAUUCCUGGGUUCAUGUGCCAAGGAGGUGAUUUCACCGCCGGGAAUGGAACCGGUGGUGAAUCGAUCUACGGAGCUAAGUUCAAAGACGAGAACUUUGUCAAGAGGCAUACCGGGCCUGGUAUUCUCUCCAUGGCUAACUCUGGUCCCAACACUAACGGAUCUCAGUUCUUCAUCUGUACUGAGAAGACCUCGUGGCUAGAUGGGAAGCACGUUGUGUUUGGUCAAGUCGUUGAAGGUUUGGAUGUGGUGAGGGCGAUUGAAAAGGUUGGAUCUGAUUCCGGAAGGACAUCGAAGCGUGUGGUUGUUGAGAAUUGUGGUCAGCUUUAGAUCUGAGAGUGUGUGUAAGAGAGAGAGACCUUGAUCUUUUUUUUUUUUUUUUUUAAUGAAUAAUGGUGUCUUUUGCUUUUGGUUUUGUUGUUUCUACUUCCUUCCUCUCUAGUUUAUCUAGGGGUUUGAGUGUUUUUCUGAUUUGGGAUUGUUUCCAGUUUGUAAAAACCCUUUGUGUAGGGUUUUGACUACCUUGAAUAAAAUUACAAGCUUUUUAAA